CCAGAGUUCGAUGAUUUCCACUCAAACUCAAAAUGACGACGAGGAGACAAACAUCUCAACCCCGGGUUUUGCCACAUCGUUAAUUGCACUUUCCACCCUCAAGAGUCGCUUUCGCACUGCGAUUCAAGCCGCCGACCGGGAGGAGUGGAGCCCCGUUGGGCGUUGUAUUUCAACAAGAGAAUUUUUUUCCCUUUGACGUAAGAAGAAUCUCCAAGGCUACGACCACCGACGCCAGCCGGUAUCGCUCACCAUUGGGAAGAGUUGAGAGUACCUAAUGUAGUUAAUUGGUCGCGAUGAUUUGAGGAAGAUUGAUCUUUCGAACGUCAUCUUGCUUCGCAGCUCAUUAUAUGGAAAGCCGCUUAUAAGAGCCCGAUUAUUCCGUCUUUAGCUUGUGGACAAAGCCCAAACCCACAUCCAACGACCCUUUUGUUAUUAUCUGCUAACAGCUCAAAAUAACAAAGUUGCCAUCAAUCACGAAUUAUAACCAUGGGGUUUACAUCUGUUGUCAGAGGCAAUGAGGCCUACCCGGAAUCCCGAGUUCUCAUCAUCAUCACUGGCGGUACGAUAUGCAUGCAACCUGCAGAAGACGGCUCGCUAGUGCCAGUGGAUGGGUUCCUGGAAAAUGCCAUGGCCAACCGGCCAUCGUUCAACGAUAGGUCUGAAAGAGUCAAACUCAGUGCUAUAAAAGAUGGUCAGAAGAUCAUGCUCAACAGUCUCCGGACACCACCAAGCUCCUACUCGCGCCACAUCCGCUACGGUGCCCUAGAAUUCUGCCCAUUACUCGACUCCUCGAGUAUAAGUUCCGUGGGCUGGACGCAAAUCGCCACAACCAUCAAAGCCAACUACCACCUCUUCGACGGCUUCGUCGUGCUGCACGGGACCGACUCCCUCUCCUACAGCGCCUCGGCGCUCUCCUUCAUGAUGGAAGACCUCGGCAAGCCCGUCGUACUAACCGGCUCGCAAGCCUCCAUUUUCGCCCUCCAGUCCGAUGCCGUGGAUAACCUGCUCGGCUCCCUCAUCAUCGCGGGUACCUUCGUCAUCCCCGAAGUCUGCCUCUUCUUCCACCACACGCUGUUCCGCGGAAAUCGCACCACCAAAAUCUCCGCUUCGUCGUUUGAGGCCUUUGCUAGCCCUAACUGCGAGCCCCUUGGCAAAGUGACGGGCGUGGGCGUCAACGUCAAUUGGUUGCUUGUUCGCAGGCCGACGAAAAUCGCUCAGUUCCAGGUUACGCCAUACCUGGACAUGGCGCACGUGGCCUGUGUUCGCAUGUUCCCCGGUAUCCUCCCCGAGAUGGUCGAUUCCAUCCUCAGGGUCCCCAACCUCCGCGGACUCAUCCUCGAGACGUUCGGUAUGGGCAAUGCCCCCGCCGGCGUCGACGGGAGUCUGACCAAAGUCAUCAAGAGCGGUGUUGAGAGGGGCGUCGUCAUCGUUAAUAUCAGCCAGUGCACCAACGGCUUUGUCUCGCCGCUGUAUGCACCCGGUUUUGCCCUUGGGAAGGCCGGCGUCGUGUUUGGUCAUGAUCUAACAUCCGAGGCUGCUCUGACAAAGUUGUCGUACUUGCUGGCUUUGGACUUGAAGCCUGCCGAGGUGUCGGCGAGGAUGUCGUCGUCGCUCAGGGGCGAGCUGACGGAGUUCAGUGUUCCGGAGUUUUCGCACCCGGCUGGAGCUGUGGAAGCGUCGAGUCGGUUGUCCGGCGCGGAGGCGGCUUUUACUUUGUUAGGGUACGCCAUUGAAAAGGGGGAUUUCCAAGCGGUCAAAGAACUGUUGGAAGGAGACAAUAUCAACUACCAACUACUCAAGAGAGCGGAUUAUGCUGGAAACACGCCAGUCCAUCUAGCGGUGGUCGGCCCCGAAGUAGAGAUUCUAAAGGAACUACUGCUCCGAGGUGCAAGUGUGCAUGUCCGGAAUCGCGCUGACAACACUCCGCUGUUCUUGGCCGUCAAGUGUGCGAAGCAUGAUAUGGUGGAGUUGUUGAAACAGGCGGGGGCGCUGUUGACGGAGGCGGAGGCUGUGAAUACGCCUAUUUGAAUGACUAGGAAAAAGCUAGGAAGAGGAUUGGGUGAAGAGAUGAAUGCUGGCGCAACGACAUAUGUUCGACUAGUGAUCCUGCUUGUCUUCUGGAUAGUUUCUUCCAAGCUGAUGAAUAGACGGCCAUGACGCCUUAAAAUGGAUGGCAUAACGAAUUCACUCGAGUUAUGUGUAAGUGAUGCAGGUCUGUUUUUCAGUCAUCUCAUAUGGGCCCCGGUAACGAUUAAGUGUCAGUCACCAUGGCAAAACC